AUGCGAAAGAGAGGUCAUCUGAGGAAGAACUGGCGGACAAGGUUCUUCCAGCUAUACAUCGAGUCUGAGGAGAUUCUGUACUUUGCAUCGGCGGCGCACAAGUGGAAUCGGAACAAGGCCAAGGGACGGAUUCCGCUCGCUGAUGGCAAGCUCUGCAAGGUCCCAUCCAAGCGGUUCAAGAAGCACAAUGUGUUUUGUGUGACUACUGCCAGAGGAGUCGACUACUACAUGGAGGCCCCGACCGAGAAUGAUCGCGAUGCAUGGAUGGAGACCAUCGACUAUAUCAUCAAGGGCAAGGGCAGGCUCUCGGGCGACUCGCUUGAUCGGCUGCCCGAGGACAUCGACUCGGUCGCCAUUGUCGAGGCCACCAACAUCAAGUCCUCGGCUGCUGCUUCACCGUCUGUCUCCCGCACAGACGAUCCGUUUGCCGGUUCGGUCAUUCUCUCGUCCACCCUCUCGUCGGCGCUCCUCCCGCCGCCGCCAGACCUCCCGCCGGGCGUCUCGCAGUUUUCCGACGACGACAACGACGACGACAACAAUGACAACAACAAUGACAACAACAAUGACGACAACAGCAGCACAACCGUGCCUGUUGCCGCUCCCGCUGCCUCUGACGCCGCUAGGCUUGGCCCCGGCGGCCGCCCCGGUGGCUCUGCUCCGACCCCGUCGUCGGAUGCGGUGUCGGCCGCCGACUCGGCCCCAGCGGCCGCUGCCGCUGGGGCGCUCGGCCCCGGUGGCCGUCCCGGCGGCAAGUCCGGUCGCUCGGCCAUGCAAGAGUACGAGACAAUCAAGAUCAUCGGCAUGGGUGCGUUUGCCAAGGUCAUUCUCGUCCGCAAGCGCUCGACCGGUGCGUUCUUUGCCAUGAAGGUCGUGCCCAAGUCACGGCUGCGGUCGAACAAGCACCUGGUUGAAACCCAGAAAACGGAGCGCAACGUGCUUGCCCGCGUCGACCACCCGUUCAUCGUCCGCCUCCACCACGCCUUCCAGUCGAAGGAAAAGCUGUACCUUGUCCUCGACUUUAUCAACGGCGGUGAGCUCUUUUACUGGCUCAACGAGGAGGGCGCGUUCUCAGAGUCACGGGUCCAGUUCUACGUGGCCCAGAUGGCGCUCGCCAUCGGCCACCUUCACUCACUCGGCGUCCUCUACCGCGACCUCAAGCCCGAGAACGUGCUCCUCGACGCCUCGGGCUACAUCCGCCUCACCGACUUUGGCAUUUCCAAGCAGACCUCGGACGCCGGCUCGGGCCGCACUUCGUCGUUCUGCGGCACGCCCAACUACAUGGCGCCCGAAAUCAUCGCCGGUGGCAUGUACGGUCGCUCCGUCGACUGGUGGUGCCUCGGCAUCCUCAUGUUUGAGAUGCUCGUCGGCCGCCCGCCUUUUAUGCUCGACGCCUCGGACACCAACGAUGUCAUUUUUGAGCGCAUCGCCCGCGCCAAGCGUGCAGACGUCACCGUCCCCUUCCAUGUCUCGGACGCCACCCAAGACUUCCUUUACUGCAUCCUCGACGUCUCGCCCGCCCACCGCCUUGGAUCUGGCAAGAACGACGUCGCCGACGUCCUCGCCCAUCCCUUCUUUGCCGGCCUCGACAUCGACGCCGUCCUUGCCAAGCAGCUCACUCCCGAGUUUGUCCCCGUCGUCACCUCGGCCGAGGAUCUCUCCAACAUCGACCCAGAGUUUGUCAACAGGUCGCUCACCGCAGACGACACAAACUGCGUCUCGGUCGCGCCGGGCAAGGGCCUCCACACCUUCCAAGGCUUCACCUUUGUUGGCGAGAAGACGUCCUGACCCGUCUCACCCGCCCCCCCCUUCCCCCCUCCCUCUCCGCAAAACAAAUUCCAACCCGAUUCCUCG